GUGAGGGUGAAGUUGUUUCGUUGCAGGGGACGUGAUUCGGAGGCGACUGCAGGUCGGGCCAGAGGCUGACCGAUGAGAUGGGCAUGUGCAUCAAACACGGGGACCGUUCAGAUUUGCGGCGGUGCUGCAGAGGCAGGAUGUGCAACGCUGCAUUUUUUCACUGGGGACUGAGAUGAGUUUGGCUCGCCCUGGAUUGAGAACUGGUUCGAUACCUAAGGGAUUGGGCACUGCAGUGAAGUCGAAGUUGGAUUGACGACUCCAACUUCAGCUGUUUUAUACUGGUGCCGGGUUGCUUUGUUUUCAAGCCAAAAGAUUCCAGAAAGAGAAAAAUAUCUAUCACAGCUGACUACUUUAAUAAAGGCAAAGCUGUUUCAGAGAAUGAUGAGUUGCGAUUUAGUACCUAUCAGUCGCUAUGGCAACAGAUGAAAGAGGAAACAGAGAGGUUGCAAGAACAUUUAAAUGAGAAGAUAUUUGAUAACUUAAUUUCAUUUAUUAAAACAUCCCACACUCAAGUUAAUUCUGAAGUAAAUGAUUGGAGCUAUCGGAUGCGAUGCUCCGAGAUUCCCACAGCAGCACUUGUUCUUGGUGUAAACGUACCUGACCAUGAAAUGACAGUCCAGGGCUUAUCAGAACUUCUAAAGCAGUCACUUACCCCCCAUGUAGUUUGUCUUCAGAGCAAAGAAUGUACAACUGUGAAGCAGGUUUUGCAGAAAAUUCUGAUGAACCUCACAGGUGGCAGUGGCAAUGAUGAGGAAGAGGAUGUGCACUAUUCUGUUGAGUUCCACCAGAGCAAAAUGAACUGUUCCAUGGCCUCCUUGUGUAGGUGGUACAAUACUAUAACAAAGAAAUCUACCUCAAAAAGCCCAAGUAAAAAGAGGAAAUCUUCGCUUCAGCACGAAGAGGUCCUUCCCAUAGUUAUCAUCUUCAAGGAUCUUGAGAGCUUCCUCCCCAAAGUGCUACAAGACUUCAUAAUCAUUGCCAGUAACUACAUCCAGCAUCUCCCACUGGUGCUGGUUUUUGGGAUUGCCACAUCCCCAAUCACUAUACACCGAAUGCUGCCCCAGUCAGUGUCCUCGCUGCUAUGCAUUGAGCUUUUCCAGUCUUUAUCCUGCACUGAUCAUUUGGCUACAGUUAUUGAUAAGUUGGUGUUGACAACCGAAUUCCCAUUUAAGUUGAGUGGGAAAGUGCUGCAGGUUCUGAAUAACAUAUUCUUGUACCAUGAUUUUUCUGCAAAGAAUUUUGUUAAAGGUUUUCAGUUAUCUCUGCUAGAGCACUUCUACUCCCAGCCUCUUAGUCUUUUAUGCUGUGCGUUGAAUGAAACCAAUGCUAGGGUACAGAAUCUUACCCAUGAUGACUGUGAACUUAUCCGCCAGUUGCCAUCUUUUAUGGGUUACGUUGAUGAUCAAGAUUCAGAGAAACAGGUUGAACUUUUGACCAAUGACCAAUAUUUAAAGACUGUUGUACAAACAUUGUUGACGACCCUUCACAUUUACCACAAGAAUUACUUCCCAGUCCUGAAAUGCUUGCACAUUUUUACGUCGUCGCUUCCAAAAUAUCCUUUGGGUAAACAGAUCAGAGAACUCUACAUCACGUGCUUAGAGUCAAACAUAUGGGAGAACGAGGAGUACAGUUCUGCAUUCCAACUGCUCAGAAUGAUGGCCAGAGAUGAGCUCGUAUGUCUGCUUCAGGAAUGCAUAGAAGUGUUGCAAUCUUCCGAGCACACAUCUCUCACACUUUCCGUGCAAACACUGGAAGAUUUCCUUGCAAAGUUUCAGAAACUAGACGAAGUUCCUAAGGAAGAUGUGGAAGAAGGUCAAGAAUGCAAAGCAAGAUCACAGAAAUCACUACAGAAAAAGACUGACCUUUACCAGCUUCAAAAGACCUUAAUGGAAAUGAAGGAAUUAAAAAGAUCCAAGAAACCAAGCAAGUUUGAGGUUCUGCGGAUGGAUGUUCUUGAAUUUAUGGACAAACUUGUAAGGAAAUACCUUGUGCCACCAGAGACUCAGCCGCUGCAUGAACUUGUAUAUUUCAAAGCUGCUAGCGCGCUUCGUAGACACCUGAAUGCAGCUCCACGUGCUGGCUUGCAGAUAGCUUUAAGUAAUCCAUAUUACUAUCUAAAGAAUGAAGCCUUGAAGAGCGAGGGAGGAACCAUUACCAAUGUGGCACCUGAUAUCUGUAUAAUCUACAAGCUUCACCUGGAGUGUGGGCGAUUGAUUAACCUCUAUGACUGGCUGCAGGCAUUUGCUACAGUGGUUCGUGCUGCAGAAGGGAAGGACCGGGACAAAAUAAAUAAUGGACAGGUGGAUGGAGUUCUACAUGCUCGUUUUAUUCGGGCAGUUUCUGACCUGGAGUUCUUGGGCUUUAUUAAGCCAACAAAACUGAAGACAGAUCAUGUAGCAAGGCUAACAUGGGGUGGUUUCUGAUUGAAACCUUAAGUCUGGAAGUGACUUCCUUUUUUUCCCCAAAAUAGACCCAUGCUAGAACUGAAGAAUAUGCCAUGUUUGUAUUAACUAAUAAACUGACUACUUCA